AUGGGCCAUACCCUCGGCGAAGGGUAUGAGGCGAAGGCGAAUAGAUCACAGCAGACGGGCAACGUUCUUCCAAACUGCUGCUGCUUCUGGCUUACGGGCGCUCCUGAUCUGGAGCAAGAGGCGGGCAGUCAAAAAGCAGUCGAGACAGCAGCAGACUUGGGUGGUGAUAUAUGGGCAGAGGAAGAAGAGGAAGACGAGGAAGAAGAAAAGAAGACGUCGAGGUUGAGAUGA